GCGCAGUCCUGGGGAAGUUAUCGUUUGCCGACGCCAUACUUGCGUUUAACAGCGUAUGUGUGGGGGGAAUCGUUUUUCGACGCCAGUACGCCGUCUCUAUCCGGCAUCGGCGGAUUCUCUCCACUGAAAAUCCUGCCGCCGUCAGCCGCGUCAAAUAACACGCCCGUGCAGUCAAAAAUUCGGAGGAUUAAACUUCAACUUGUGUAUAUGCGCAAGUGAUACACGAUAAAAGAGAAAAACAAUACAAAUUAAAUUAAUCUGGGAAAUUAUAAGACUUGAAGAUUGGAUCUUGCAAAAGAUAACAUAAGGAAUCACAUAAUACACGAUUGAGCAGCAUGUCACAAUAAGUAAGGUGCCCAGACUUGGUGAAAAUAUGAAGCUGACAUGUCUAGCAUUGACUCUGCUACUGCCCCUGACACUCGGCCUGAAUUAUCAAGAAGAUGAUCUCGUAUUUGAUGAUAUAACCGAGGAAACAUCACCACCACCAACUGUUGUCACUCGUCACGAGGUGAAAACCUAUAAAGCCAAGGCUUAUAAAAAGAUCAGGAGAUUCCGGGGUAUACCUGAUGGUAUUGCGGUCGUUGGACAGGUUUUUAAACUUAAAAUACCGAAGCAAGCGUUCAGUGGCAAUGUAGACAGUUAUGAUAUUCGAGGCAAUAAUGGAAAGCCGUUGCCUUAUUGGAUAGCAUUUGAUGAUGAAGCUUCCACUAUUCUUGGUGUACCAAGCAAGAAAGACGAAGGCCAGCAUCGAAUUACUGUCAAAGCACAUGGAAAAAAUGCUGACACUGCUGAGGAUAAUUUCACUAUUAGAGUUGUCAACGGGAAUCACCGAGAGAUAAAGAAGACAAAUUCUCAAAAUCGUUGUGACGAGUCUGAAGCCCAGAUUGUGAUGACUAUUUUGUUGGAUGCAAGGUUCGAUAGUCUGAGACCGAGUGUUAAAGUUGAGGCUAUUGAAAAUCUCGCAAAGUUUUUGAGACUUGAUGUCAAUGAUCUCUUCAUGUAUGCUGCAGGAAAUGUAAAACGUCGAAAAGAAAAAGAUUCUAGUGUCAUUGAAUGGCAGGUCGGCUGUGAUGAUCAUCUGUGGAAGAAUCAAUCAGACAUCCUAGAGCAACUUCGUUAUCAAGCAAAGAACGGCACCCUCUCCAAAGUUGUCCAACUGCCUGUUCUCCUCUGGAGGGUGAAAACUGAUACCAGCGAUCUCUUACGAAAUCGCCGAGAAACAGGCUCCGGUGAUUAUGGUAAUAAUGACGACGAGAAUGACGAUGACUACGACGAAAACUAUGAUUACGACGGCGAAGACUCGUUCAAUGACCCUGAUAAUGAGCGUGAUAAUACAGACGAUAACGAUAACGAUAACGAAGCAAUUACGGAAAUACCACCGCGUGCCCAUGUCCCAAGUGCAUCGGAGCCCAAGGGCUUCCUCCCAUCAGAGACUGAGCACCCACAUAGGCAUCAUCAUGGACAAGAAACUGUUGAUUGGGAGACUGAAGAACGCGUCAAGUUCGAUGAAAUUCUACGAGCCAGUAAUCCUCAGGAGAAUACCAUCAACACAACAACCUCAUCAGCCCCAAGAUUGACAACAACAGAGCAAACAAGUGCAACACAAAACUCAUCACCCACACCGAGUAUUGAACCAGUCACGACAACUCCUAAAACACCGAUUCAACCAGCAACAUCAACAACAACUGUUGCCGAUGUGCCACCACCACCACCACCACCACCAAAAACAUCAACAAUAACAACCACGACAUCAGCCGAAUCAACAACAUUGAAUGUUACUGAAACAUUCACAACUCCAGGUGAUAUCAUACAAACGGAAUUAACGCAAGAUAAUUCAACGUUAAUAAAUACAAUAAGAGCUGAGUUAGAGACUGUCUUGGCGACGAUAUCAACGGAUAAUGAUACAUUAUCAUCAACUGAAUUAACGACAUUGCCAAAUUCAUUAGGAAUUGUAACUUGGUCAACGGAAAAACAGGACAAUAAUAGUACAAUCUAUGAGAUAACUGAAUCAACUGAAGCUUCUACCAGUGAAAAACCAUCGACUCAGGCCCCAGUAACCGAGACUCGAACCCCUGAACCAACUACCUCAACCCCCUCCACAACAACAACAACAACAACCACAACCCCAAAACCCACGACCGAGGAGCCCACAACGACUAGUACAACAACGACGACACCAUCCACAACGACAGCCUCAACUACUACUACUACGAAGACGACGACGACGACGACAACAACUGAACGUUUCGAUUUUGGCAUUAAAAAUCUGCCACCGAGACAGGACAGAAGACUUAAGAAAAUUCCGGUGACAGCUGGGAAGCCACUAAGUUUCAUCAUUCCCUCGAAUACGUUUAGUGAUAUUGAGGAUGGUGACACUAGGAAUUUAAGACUGAGACUUUUACUGAAGGGUAAUCCAGUGAGAAGUGGACACUGGCUGCAGUUCAAUGAGAAAACUCAAGAGGUUUAUGGAUUACCUCUCGAGAAUGACGUAUCUCAAUGGGAAUAUGACAUUGUCGCAUCAGACCGUGAAGGGCUCACUGUAUCAGACAGUCUCGAUAUAUAUGUGCAACAGCACAAAUUCACAAAAUCGAUCAAUCACGAAUUCAGCAUCUAUCUGGAGAUUGUCGAGCGUUCGGAAUUUCCGACAAAUGUCGAUUGGGAAUUGAAGGUGGUACAGCGUCUUGCACAGCUGUAUGGUGACACUGACAGUAGUCACAUUACAGUGAGAUCUAUUGAGAUUGAAAAUAAUCAGGCGAUAUUCACUUGGGCGAAUGACAGCGUGCCUAGGAGUAGUGAAUGUCCCAAGGAUGAGAUCAAUAAAUUGUUGCAUGUAUUGAUAGCAGACAAAAACGAAAACCCCAGUGCAAUGCUCCAACAAAUUCUCUCUCCAGAGAUUCGUGUCAGUCGUGUGGUGUAUCAGGGUCACGCUCAAUGCGACAAUAUGAACCAGCCGGAGGUGCCAGUGGUCGUUCCACCUGAACUGGAGAAACCCAAACAAGCCACGGCCAAUCGUUUCCCCCUCCCCCGUAAUCAAGUGGACCAGAUAGACGCAAUGGUCGGGCAACUUCUGGUCUUCAGAGUCCCCGAGGAUACGUUCUUCGAUCAUGAGGACGGCUCCUCCCGCAACAUGAGGAUGUCUCUCUUGAAAAUCGACAGAUCUGAAAUAUCCCCCAAAGACUGGCUGCAGUUUGACAGCAAGAACCAGGAGUUCUACGGUGUUCCCCUCCACGAGGACUACAUUCGGAACAAUCGAAUGGAAUAUCAACUUGUUGUAGUUGACAAGGAAGGUGCAGAGGCUGUUGAUAGCCUUGUUGUUGUAAUUGAUGUGCCCGAGGAGGAGAAGCAACACCUCGUCGAUUUCUCCAUGACUCUUCACAUCCCUUACGAUUCAUUCGCCCAUUCAGCGAUGCAAAAACGUCAUUUCAUUGAGAGACUGAGGGAUCUCUUUGGCGAUAAGGACACGAGCGCAAUUUCUCUGUCAAGUAUUACUCCUGGAAGUACUGUAGUCAAUUGGAAGAACAUAACAUUGCCAACAAACUAUUGUCCAGACGCUGAGAUCAAAAGACUAAUGGAGAUUCUGGUUAAGCCAGAUAAAUCUCUGACUGAUCAUGUUAAUGAGAUAAUGGGGAAAGAGUUUCCAGUGCAACAGGUGACACUAACUCCCUUGAGUAUUUGCGUUGGGGAAUUGACUAGGGUUCACACACCUGGAAGUUAUGUACCACCAUCACAAGAUUCUACAGCUGUGGGAUCAUUCCAGGAUGAUUAUCUCAUCACUUUUAUACUUCCUGCUGUUAUUAUUGCUGCUAUGAUACUCUUGGCGGGGAUCAUUGCUUUUAUUUUGUAUAGAAGGAGGAGAAGUGGCAAGAUGAGCGUUAGUGAACAUGAUGAUGAGAGACAGAGUUUCAGGAGCAAGGGAAUUCCUGUGAUAUUCCAGGAUGAACUGGAGGAGAAACCUGAUCCAGGCAACAAAUCACCAGUUAUCCUGAAGGAGGAGAAGCCUCCUCUGCCACCCCCUGAGUAUCAAAAAUCAGACGACGGUGCUGAUCAGCCAAUGUUACCAAAAGAAAAUUCAGAGGAGCCAUAUCAACCCCCUCCCCCAUUCGCCCGUACAUCCGACAAUAAUCGUCAGAAUCGGCCGAAACCAACGCCAACAUACAGAAAGCCACCGCCCUACGUGCCACCCUAACAAAAUAAGUCACAUUCACGAAGAAAUAAUCACAUACCAACGAUGCUCGGAGACUCAAACUCAAGCAAGACUAAAAGCCAAAAAAAUCAUCGAAAGAAAAAAAACACCGACAGUCAGAACGCAUACCGUCAGUAGUAAAAUUAAUGAAAUUUUUCUCAUCUUAACGAAAAAUAGAAAGCAUUAAUUUCCCAUUUUAAUAAUUAAUUCAAUACCCAAAAUGAAAAAACAAGCCUUGUUUCAAUAUUUUGACAAAAAUUGAUUUGAAAGUCUUGAUUUGAAAAUAAAACUCAAAUAAAUUGUGAAAUUUUUAUCUUAUGGUCAUUUCAAGAUUGAUUCUGCUGAAAAUUAUUGGAAUAUUACCCAUUAACUUUCAAUUUUCUUUCAAUAGACAAUACUAACAAAUCUCAAAAUAAAGCUUGAUUUUUUCGGGUGCAACAGAUGGUGAUAUUAGUGACAUGUUUCCCCAGCAAUCAGUGCCAUUUUUCUAAGUAAUAAGGGACUGCCUACAACUUGAAAAGCUUAUUGACAAAAAAAAAUGGACUAUUGAUAUAAUUGAUAAAGUGUCUCCAAGUACAGUGCACCUAUGGCAAUACUUAAUCGGAUAAUAUUUCGAUCGAUUUAAGGAUCGUCAUUACUUACGACAAAACCACUGCCAGAAUUGUUUUUUUUUCUUUUUCAUUAAAACUAUCAAUAAUCAUGAUCAAGGACGUUGGCCUUCAAAAUCAUUGGAGUUGGCAUUUUCCCGUCUCAUUGUUCAUCGAAUGAGACGAGAGAAUACCUGGGGUAGAGCAAGAGACGUAUGAAAAUGCUAUAAAUAAAUUUUAAAUAAGAGGAGGAAAAUAUCUUUAUAAAAAUGUACCAAUUAUAAAUUAAAGUGAAAAAUGAAUUGCAAGAAUGCUUCCAUGACACCCAGAUGUCAUUAUAAUAUCGAGCAAAUAAUCUGAUAUAAUGCUUAAUUAAAUAUCAUUGGUUCGAUAAGCGGCGGCUCUAGAGACUGGUGGCAGUAUUCAAUCUCACCUCUUCAUUUUAUUCGGAAAAUUUAAAAAAAAUUGAUUUCAUGUAUACUUAAUUCUAAUUUUAUAUUUUAAACGCACAAAAUUGAUUUUUAAUUAAUUUCAGUUGUUUUUAAUAAUUUUAAUAAUCUAUCGAAUAUACCGAGGGAAAAUAUAAUUGGCAGUUAUUAGAAUGUAGACUAGUUACCAAACCAAAAAAUUGAUAUUAACCAAUACUACAGAGAAAAUUAAUGAAUUGUCAAUUGGACACAACAAUAUUUGGACUUGUCCAAUGUUUUUAUAAUGAUACUUUUUUAAUUACUGUUGUAGAAAUAAAAGAUGAUGAGCCCAAUAAUGUGGUACUUAAUAUAUAACUGUAUGUCAAUUUUUUCUGUAAGUUUUUUUACAUUGGUAUUUUUAAAAAACACAAAUGAAACGAAUAAACCGUGACAUAAUGGCUUUUUGUUAUUAAAAUAUAAUAUUUCAUGACGUGUCGAUGAUCUAUGGACACGUGAUAAAAAUAGUAUCCCUCGUGCAGGUAUUUUUAAAAUACAGAGUUUGAAAAGAAUUUUCGUAAAAAAAAACAUUAAAAAAUGUUGAAACUGAAAUUUCUUUUGUCAUCGCUAAUGACCUCGGCUGUUGAUGCUACGUAAAAUGAUAAUAAUGAGUGGAGAUUCGUUGGAAGUGUGUGCAAAAUAUAUGAUCAAUCGAUUGAUAAUAAUUAUCGACACCAAGUGUAAUACCACUGGAAUGUAUAAUAAAAAUAUUCUAAUUAUCACGUAAUUACUUGAAACAAUUAAUGUUUAUGUAGAAUAGGUGUAAUAACUACGAGUUCAUGCUUGAAUUAUUUGUCAUUUGAUGGAAUCAUUGCGUCAGAAUUGAUUUUAUAUUUUUGUAAAUUUUAUAACCAAUUUGUAAUGGCACUGACCCAUUCAUCAAAUUGUUAUGAUUUUUUUUUUUAUAUGGAUAUGGAUUUUGUCUCUAUUCAGGUGAAUAAUGACAAUUUAACGACGAUUAAAGAGAGGAGUAGCAGUUAGACUGAGAAAUUAUGUGCAAAUAUCAAUUAAAAUAAUCCUGACGUUGAUAUCUAAAUUUUUUACUUGGUCUUGAUGAAUACAACAAGCCAGUAUAGAAUUUGAUCCUCACGUUAAUUUCAUUUUUAUCACAUGAACAAUGACAAUUUGAUGACGAUAAAAAAAAUGAGAAGCAGUUGCAUACCGCCGUAAAGCAUUGCUAAACUCUGUUGCUUAUACUUUUUGUUUUUCAUACAACGAAUUUUAUAUUUUUAAAAAUUUUAUUAUAACCCCAAUUGUAAACGUCAUCCACCCAUUUUCCCCAAGCAAUUCAUCAAUUAGUCAUGAUUUUUACAUAGAACUUUUUUAUUCUGUGGAAAAUAAAAUUAUAGUGACGUUAAUUUUGUUUUUAUCACAUAAAUAAUGACCCGUUUCCUAAUCAAUUCAUCAAUUUGUCAUGAUUUUUACAUAAAAAAUUCUCAAUUCUGUCGAAAAUAAAAUUAUAGUUCAGUUAAUUUCGUUUUUAUCACUUGAAUAAUGACGGUUUGAAGCAGUUAUACUGAGAGAUUAUCUGCAAAUAUCAAUUAAUAAUCAUGACGUUGACAUCUAAAUUCUUUAUUUCAUCUUAAUGAAUACAACAAGUCGCAAUCAAAUUUGACUCUCAUGUUAAUUAUGUUUUUAUCACAUGAAUAAUGACAGUUUGAUGACGAUAAAAAAAAAUCAGAAACCGUUGCAAAUGGCAGUAAAACAUCGCUGAACUGCUGAUUAUUAUGUUUUUUAAUGCACUUCCACAAAACAAAACAACUGAAAUGUUUGCGAUUAAAUUCACAAUGCUACCAGAUCAUAUCACGCUUUCAUAUCACACGUGACUUGAGAUCGAGAGCAAGAUUCUUUGUUCAUCGUCACAAUGUACACAAUGAGACAUUGUAUACUUACGAGUUGGAAACAUUAAUCUGAUUCACGUGAGAAUAAAUGUGAUGGGAAAAUUAUCAUCCAAGUAAUCAGGAAUUGGAAAAUGAUCAAUUCUAUUUUUUAUAUUUGCCAAUUCCAUUUCGCUCUUCUUUUCCUUCGCUUUAUCACCCCUCCAUUAGUAAAUAAUUUAAUUAAGUGGUAAUUAACAUAUCACGUGUGGAAAAAAUCGACAGAAUUUUAUUGAAAAAAAAAAAAGAAAAAAACAACCAAACAUUCUCUCGAUGAUACAACAAAAAAUUCUUCAGGAUAAAAGUUUAUUCAACGACCAGAACGUGAUGAUUUUUCUUCACAAUUCCAUGAAAUAAUCACAAUUUUUUCCACGCGUUUAUUUAAGAGAAAAAUGAGAAUAAUAAAAAUAAAAAUCAUUGCGAUAAGAAACACAAUUGAAUAUUUUUCAAAUGUUAAUCAUUGAAGAACCGAAGAAACGCCAAUGACGAUUGAUAACAUUGCAUCAUCCUUAGAAUUAGAUUUUUUAGAAAUCGUGAAGCAAUCAGAACAUUUUGUAUAUUGAAUGAUGAAUAAAAGAUAAAUAAUGCGAAUAAAACGAUAACGAGAUAAAAACAUUAAUAAGAAGACAGGGUGUCGUUAAAUUAGAAUAGAUUGCCAUGCGAAUUUUAGGAUUAUUUUUCAUCAACUGAUUGUAACGAUGAAUAAAGUGUUUAUUUCCAAGGGGUGUAUCAUGAGAACGAAGGGAUGAAUAAAUAAGCAAAUCAAUAUGGAAUAUUUCAGGGGAAGUUACAUCAGAGACGUGAAUACGACGAUAAUAACGAAAAUGUAAAAUGUGUAUAAAUAAUGAAUAAUAUUAUUCUGAGAAAUGAGCUAAGGGUAUAUACAAAUUUGUGUAAAAAUAUGAACGAAUAAAGUCAUUUUGAGGUGGAAA